AUGGAAGCCCCCGCGGAAGAAAUUGAGUAUUUGGCAAACGAGGUCAUUACCAAUUCCAAGUCGAUUUCAUACCGGGCAUUUUCCAGACUGCUAAGCAUCCCCCUCGUGAGAGCCAAGACUACCCUUUAUGAAUUUUAUCGAAAGAACAAGGAUACGCUAAGUGCUUCAUUCGUGAUUUGCGGAGUUGACCAAAACGGCACCAAAUGCGUCAAGUACUGCCAGGAUGAAUACAUGAUUGACCACAGCAUGAGGCAAUUUAGCGAGAUUUCCACAGUACACGUUUACGGUGUCCAGAAGAAAGACUUGAUGUUCACCUUGAAUGACAUUGCGCUUGAAGAGUUGAAAAUCAGGAGCCACCUCAGCAAGAUUGCCGAGUAUGAAAAGAACGGAAUCAUUAUCGGACCCAAGAUAUCCGAGGCUGCGGUCCAUGACAUACCAGUUUCGUCUCCCAUCAAGACGAGCACGCCUGUGUCCAGAAGUAGUGGGAGAGAUAAAACUCAAGAUUCGAAAACUAGCCCGAAAAGGAAUGCUGGGUUGUCAUCAUCCUACGUAUCGCGGAAGCAACAGAACCAGCCCGCGGCCAAAAAAGGUGGUGGUGGUCUUAGCUAUACCUCGAGGAAAACCGAGUCUGUCACCCCGCUAAAGCGAUCGAAUACCGAGCCUGCCAAACCUGCCGGAUCGUAUCAGUAUAAAUCGAGAAAAGCCGAGAAAACACAGCCGAAGGAGCGGAUCAUUGUGGGAAGUCAUAAUGAUGCCAUGGACGUUGCUGAAGGUGAUGAAGAUUUGCAGGCCGAUACUCGUCCGCCGCCUACUUCCAACCUUGAUGAGAUGUUUGAUGAUGAUGAUGAUGGUGAGUUUGAAUUUAGCGACGAUACCAAGGACGAAGGUGGAAAUGACAAUGACAGUGACAAUGAAGAGAAACAAGAAUCUGGAGCAGAGUCUCACUCUGCUAAGGAAGAGGAAGAAGAAGUAAAAGGAGAAGAACAAGAACAAGAACAAGAAGAUGAGCAAGAAGAAGCACAGUUGUUUGUGGAGGAUCCAGACGAGAAAGAGGCGGGAGGGGAACAAGCUGAGGAGGAAGUGGUGGAGGAAGUUGAUGACGAAGGAUACACGGUGACCAAGAGGAAACCACGGCCAGUAACAAGACCCAAUGCCGCUAAAAGAAAAGCCGUGAAUAAGGUUGCCCCAGCCAAGGUUGCCAACAAGUCAAAUGAUGGUAAGAAGAAAACUCAGUCCUCACUCAUGAGCUUUUUUGGUAAAAAGUAG